AUGGCCGCGUCAACCUCCGGCAACCCGACCCAGGGCGGCUUUGGCCGGAUGGCACCAAAGUCACCCAUCGCUGGUAGAGCCAAACGUUCCAAUUCGGGCUCCUUCAUCGAUCACCAGAUGCCCCGGAGCCACGACGCUGCCGCCGCUGCCGCCGAGGCGGCGCGCAUGGGCGCCAGGGACACGCCAGACCUCUUCGUUCCAUCCACCCUGGGAGAGCACCUGCUCGAGACGACGUACCUCGGCGACGUUGUCAAGCCGCUGGUGCGCGCGCUGGUCCACGCCCGCAUGGUGACGGCCCAGAGGGGACAAGGGGAGGACGAGCAUGCUCACUUCUUUGCCGAUCUCGAACGGCUGCGCAACGAGCUGCAGCUGAUGCCGCCCUUUGCCUCGCCUCGUGCCGCCACCAUCUACCACGGCGGCGGCGGAGGCGGCGGCGGCGCCAUCUACGACGGAGGUCCGCUCCAUGGCGACAUGGACCACGACAUGGAGCUGGCCGGUGAGGGCCCGAGAAAGCAUCCGAAGCUGCAUACCGACUCCCCGAUGCGGCCUCCUUCGGUUUCGGACCGCGGCCUGCCCGGGUCGCAGAUGAUGAUGCCGGUCUCCAUGGACACAAUGUCGGCGCCAACGCGCAAGCUGGCGGCCACCAAGAACCGCACCUGCUCCAACUGCGCCGCGCCGCACGAUGCCAAGUUUCGCCGAGGGCCCAACGGCCCAGGCACGCUCUGCGACCGCUGCGGCUCUAGGUGGAAGAAGUACAAGGAGAGCGAGGCUGCCAUGCUCAACGCGUCCGGGCCUGACCACUCGAUCGACGCCUCGCGAGGUGUGUCGCGCUCGCAGUCGGGUCAGGCGUCUGACUCGCGCUCUCCGCCAUCGCCGCCUUCGGGAGGCGGUGGCGCCGUGCCGACCAGCGGAGGCAGCGGCGGGCCGGGCGAUCGCGACCGCGACAGCGGCGACACAGCGACCGGCGACACAGCGACGUCGCGCAUCUCCAACGGCCGCGAUGGUGGUGGCGACGGCGGCGGGCAGACACCGCAGGAACGGCAACGGCUGCCUCACCACCUCUCUUCGCGCCAGCGCGAGGAGCUCAGCCCAAGCCCGCCCCUGGCUGCCGGUCGUGGAGCAGGUACACAGGAGCGCGCGGGUGGCGCUGCCGCCAAUGGCGACCCCGCCUCUUCGUCGGCUGCCGGUACGCCGCACAACGGCAAGCGGGAAGAGGCCAGGCGUCGCGAGGCCAGCUCGUCGCCGGACCAGCUCGAGGACUGA